AUGGAGGUCCGCGCCCUGGCUCGCAGCCUUCGCGCCAGACCGAGCCCAUGGCUGCUCAGUUCCAGACAGCAAGGCACCCUGCCACAGUAUUUCAUUCGCAGCCCGACAGCCAGUGCAGGCCGGCUCAAUUCCACGACGUCUUCGUCCUCCACGCCCUCACGACCAACGAGGUCUGCCUUUUCCGAGAAAGACAACACCGCAACCUCAACUCCGACAACAUCUACAACACAGGCACCGGAACCCCCCACCGACCAAGGCACCAGCCAACCUCCCUCAACUGCAGAAGGCAAUCCAGUCAAGCUAUCUGACGACUUCGACAACAUCCUCAGUGGUUUGAAUCUCUCCGGCCAAGCGCCCAAGCGCAGGCUCAACCCAGUCGCCAACCUCCGCUCGGUCUUCCCCAAGUCAACAUCCGCGACCAAGACCAACAUUAGCGGACACGCAAGCCAGCGGCUGUUCAAUCCCUCCCACCAAGACAUGGCUAUGCCUCGCAAGGUUGACCUGAAGCUGGGCCCCACGCUGGGUCGCCAGGUACACGUCGAGCCCGAGCGCGGCCGCGACUUGGCGGCUGCUAUUCGGAUCCUAGGCUCGACUUGCAAGUCCAAUCAGGUGAAGCAGCAGGCUACGCGGCAGAAAUUCCAUGUGCGGAGAGGACAGAUGAAAAAGGAGUUGCGAAGGCAGCGGUGGAGAAAGCUCUUCAAGUUCUCGUUUCAAGAGACUGUGAAGAAGAUUCAGCGCAUGCAGAUGCAGGGGUGGUAG